GAUAAGAAACCCUGCGCCAAGACCUCUUCCUUUCCUAGGCGGCUGCCGAAGAUGGCGGAGGGGCAGGUUCUAGUAUUGGAUGGCCGGGGCCAUCUUCUGGGCCGCCUGGCGGCCAUUGUGGCCAAGCAGGUACUGCUGGGCCGGAAGGUGGUGGUUGUACGCUGUGAGGGCAUCAACAUUUCUGGAAAUUUCUACAGAAACAAGUUAAAGUAUCUGGCCUUUCUCCGAAAGCGGAUGAACACCAACCCGUCUCGAGGCCCCUACCACUUCCGAGCCCCAAGCCGCAUUUUUUGGCGCACUGUGCGAGGCAUGCUGCCGCACAAGACCAAGAGAGGCCAGGCUGCCCUGGAACGCCUCAAGGUGUUGGAUGGGAUCCCUCCACCCUAUGACAAGAAAAAGCGGAUGGUGGUCCCUGCUGCCCUCAAGGUUGUGCGGCUGAAGCCUACCAGAAAGUUUGCUUAUCUGGGGCGUCUGGCUCAUGAGGUCGGGUGGAAGUACCAGGCAGUGACAGCUACUCUGGAGGAGAAACGGAAGGAAAAGGCAAAGAUCCACUACCGGAAGAAAAAGCAGCUCUUGAGGCUAAGGAAACAGGCAGAAAAGAAUGUGGAGAAGAAAAUCUGCAAGUUCACAGAGGUCCUCAAGACCAAUGGACUCUUGGUGUGAACCCAAUAAAGACUGUUUGUGCCUCAUGCCUGCCUGGCCUGCCCUUCCUCCACCGCCGACCAGGGAUGUGGGGACCAAAGGGUCCUUAGUCACUGCUCCUGUAGGUAGAGGGUGCAUUUAGACAGCUGAGUGAGAGCUCAUCCAUCAUCUGCUUGAGUUUUACAUUAAAGUGAUAACCAUGGAAUGACCUGAUCUUCAGUGUUCAAAGUAGCCCCACCCACCUGUCCCAAUACCAUAUUCUGAAGCUAUGAGAAAUGAGGGCUGCCCACCUGGGCUGAGACUUAGAAGUGCACACUGAAGAUUUUGGCCAAAUGUAGGUGCUGCCUUUGCUGCUUCCCAACAGACCACAAGGCAAUAUUUUUCUGGAGGGUUCUAUGUGCUAAUAAAUUAUUUGACUUAAA